UCUGAAACAGACACGUCUAACUUCACUAUUUCCAACUCACUCCAAGCCCUACACACACUCACUCCCCCUCUCUCACAUUCAUACACACUGUGUCUUUCUCUCUCCCCCUGUGACUAUCUCUAGUUUUGAACUUUCCCUUUAAAUAUCCUCCCUAACGGGAAAUAACGGUAGUAAGCUGCUUGCUACCGUCCGGUCAGGCUAUCCGAUUUCUCUACCAUCAGUGAAUUUACGUGCAGUCGGACAGGUGCUCGUGCUUUGCGAUGAGAACGCUGUUGAUAUCACUCCUCUGGGUCCUCGGCGGGGUGGAGGAGACCGUGGCAGUACCUGCCGUAGGUCUACCUGCCACGAGAGAGUUCUACAUCGCCGCGGUUGAGAUUGGUUGGGACUAUCUCUACUGGGGCAGCGCUGACCCGUCUGAACAAAGGAGGAAGACCAAUGAUCCCCCUCAGAAAUACAUAAAAGCUGUUUAUAGAGAAUACACUGAUUCCACAUAUUCAGUCCCCAAGCCUACAUCAACAUGGGCAGGUAUCCAGGGUCCGGUGAUCCAUGCCCAGGCCAGUGACAGGGUGGUGGUGCACUUUAAGAACCUGGCGUCCCAGCCCUACAGUAUCAGCCCUGUGGGGGUCAGCUACUGGAAACAGUCAGAGGGGGCCGGAUACGAUGACGCCACGUCUAGCCAGGAGAAGGAGGAUGAUGCGGUUGCUCCAGGAGGAUACUACAAGUACGUCUGGGACAUCAACCCUAAAGACGGUCCGACCGUGGGAGACCCAGAAUGCCUCACCUACUCCUACUCCUCCCAGGUGGACACUGUACAGGACUUCAACUCUGGGCUCAUCGGGGCUCUGCUCAUCUGCAAAUCAACUGCAUUUACAGAUAAUGGAGUUCGGAAAAACAGAGAGUUUAUUCUGCUCUUUGCUGUUUUUGAUGAGAGUAAGAGCUGGUACGGAGAGGUGGGGAGUUUCCGGGAGAGAUUUAAGAAGGCCAGUGCAAGAAAACAGUACCACACUAUCAAUGGAUACGUCAACUCAACUUUACCAGGUCUGACGAUGUGCCAGGGGCGAGAUCAUGUGUUCUGGCAUCUCAUUGGAAUGGAAACAUCUCCAGAGAUCCACUCCAUACAGCUCCAGGAUCACACUCUGCAGGUGAUGGCCCACCGUAAGGUUACUGUGGAGAUGACCCCAAUGACCUUCACCACAGCGGAGAUGAAGCCCAGCACUCAGGGGAAGUUCCUCAUCAGCUGUCAGAUCCAAGCACACCGCCACGCGGGUAUGAGUGCAGUCUUUGAGGUGGAGGACUGCCCAGAGCCUGUGACGGUGCCCGGUCCUGACGUGCGUCAGGUCAAGCAGUCUGAGAAUGAGGAGGACUAUGAAUAUGGAGAUGACAUGUUUGAGACAUUUGUGUUUAAGCCUGUGAAAAGUCGUGCUGUGGGGCGCUCUCGAGGGGGGAAGAACAAAGUCUGGGUCCAUUACAUUGCUGCUGAGGAGAUCAGUUGGGAUUACGCACCCCACCUCAGCCAGGGAGACAGUCAACUGUUAUCGGAAUACUUCCCCAGGGGUCCUCAUCAGCUGGGUCAUGAAUAUAAGAAGGUGGUGUAUGUAGAAUACACUGACCAGACCUUCACCAAGAGGAAAUCACCUGUUAAAAGACUGCUGGGACCACUGCUCAGAGGACAGGUGGACGAACACUUCCAGAUAGUGUUCAAGAACCUGGCAAGUCGUCCUUUCAACAUAUAUCCAAAGCGCCUCACCAGGAUUUCUCCACUGAGGAAAACAGGGAACGAGGGUGAAAAGGACCUACGCUCCCUGGCUGUACCCCCCAACGGGACAUAUGGGUAUGUGUGGAAACUAACAGCAGAGGACGGGCCCCUGGAGAGAGACCCCCAGUGUCUGACCCGUCUGUACCAGAGUACCAUCAACCCUGAGAGAGACCUGGCCACUGGCCUCGUAGGACCCCUCCUCAUCUGCAAGAAGGACUCCAUGGACACCAGGGGGCGGCUGGUGGGCCCAGAUAAAGUGAAGCAGUUGAUGUUUGCUGUGUUUGAUGAGAACAAGAGUUGGUACAUCAAUGACAACAUUCAGAAGUACAGCAAAGACCCCUCCAUGGUCAACCCUACAGACCCUGACUUCUACAACUCCAAUGUCAUCUACAACGUGAACGGGAUUAUGUUCAAUGAGCAGAGGGUCCAGGUGUGUAAGGAUGACGUGACCUUCUGGCACCUGGCCAACGUGGGGACGCAGAGCGACUUCUUGUCCGUCUACUUCACAGGAAACCCCUUCAUGAAGGACAACGUGUACGAGUCCGUCCUCACACUCUUCCCAAUGUCCGGGGAGACCGUUACCAUGGAGACUCAGCUAAUCGGUGAGUGGGAGAUCAGUGCGUUUGACGGCAGUCUGAAAAGCCGUGGCAUGAGCGCCCGCUACUCCGUCCUGUCUUGUAACAUUGAACUGCUGGUGGACAACGAAGACGUAGAGUAUGGCCUGGAGGACGUCCUGCCUGAUUACGUAGACAACUUCUUCAAACCCAGAUCCCUCCACCCCCAGCCCCAGAACAGGACCGUAGCUGUCAGAGUCUGCAGGAAGCAACCUGGCUUAAACCAGAACACAACAACACCGCAAACAGGAAAUGACACAGAUAACGAAGUCGCCAUCGGAGAAUCAGGGGACCACGGGUCUGAUAACAAUGUCACAUUUAAGGCAGGGGACCAGAGGUCAAUCUGUGAGGUCAGGUAUGUGACGGUGUCGUCUGCUGAUGAGGAGGCCAACCUGCUUUCCCAGGGAGGGAUCCCCACAGAUGUUCUAGAGCAACUGGAGAAGGACGGGGAGUGGAAAGCUUCAGAGAACCAGGAGGGAGGGGACCUGGGUGGGGAGCAGGGGGGGAACGGGAGACAGAGACGCCAGGCCGGGUUGGAGGGUGGAGAGAAUGGAGAGCGCAACAAGCUGGUGGAGAACUGUGAGGAAGAGGUGCUGAAGGAGUGGAAGGGUCGGGUGUAUGGGGAGGCACUAGAGCAGGAGCAGAGAGAGGAGCAGAAGGUGGAGGUGUUGGAUCAGCAGAAGGAGCAGGAGGCGCAGGGUGAGGGGUUCUUAAAGGUGCAGGAGCAGAGGGAGAGGCAAAAGGGGGAGCUGGAUCGAGAUUCACAUCCCCUAACCACCAAUCACGCAGAUAAGGACCCUCUACUCUUGGAGUUAGACGGAUGGAUGGAUCUAGACCCCUUGAACAAAACUUUGGAAGCUCUCCCGGAUCAGCUGAAGCUGCAGCAGCAGAGGGAGGAGCAGAAGGUGGAGGCGUUGGAUCAGCUGAAGGUGCAGCAGCAGAGGGAGGAGCAGAAGGUGGAGGUGUUGUAUCAGCUGAAGGUGCAGCAGCAGAGGGAGGAGCAGAAAGCUGGGGAUGUGCAUCCCCUAAGCAACAACACUCACACAGAGCUGGACACCCCUCUACUGGAUUUGUUGGAUCUAGACUUCUCCAAUGUCUCCAAUGACAACAAGACGGCUCCCAGGAACGCAGUGUCCCUGGAGUAUGAUGACUAUAGUGAGGAAGACACUGGGACAGCCUACAUAGGGAUAGAGGAAAACCUGGACCUGAGGACCACAGAUGGACAAUACCGCAGCUACUACAUCGCUGCACAGGAGAUCACAUGGGACUAUGGGAUCAGGAAACCACAUCAGCUCAUAAAAACAAGAGAGAGGCGUAGGGGAAUGAGGAAGUUCCUGGUGGAAUAUAAGAAGGUGGUGUUCAGGGCCUACAGUGAGAGAGAAUUCCAGAUCCCCGUCACCAGAGGAGAGCUGCAGGAACAUCUGGGACUCAUGGGUCCUAUCAUUAAAGCUGAGGUCAACGACCUCCUUACCGUGACCUUCAAGAACAUGGCGUCCAGGCCGUACUCCCUGCACCUCCAUGGGGUGUAUGAUAAGAGCCAGGGUGAUGGUCAGUCCUCCGGGGCCGGGGUGGCGGGGGUCCCUGGGGAGGUGGUCCAGCCUGGGGAGGUCAGGGUCUACAGCUGGAGGAUCACCAGGAAGCAGGGGCCCACCGCUGCAGAGUUUGACUGUAAGACCGGGGCCUACUACUCUACACAGAAUAAGGAGAAGGACCUCCACUCUGGUCUGAUUGGCCCCUUAGUAAUCUGUAAACCAGGCACCCUCCACCCCCAACUGAACCUACAGCCCAACCUACAGGAGUACGCCCUCCUCUUCCACACCUUCGACGAGACCAAGAGCUGGUACCUGGACGAGAACAUCCGUCAGUACUGCAUCCCACCCUGCCAGGUCCAGAAAGAUGACCCCUGGUUUCAGCUCAGCAACAAGUUCGCAGCGAUAAACGGCUACGUGGCAGAGACACUUCCUGGUCUGAUGGUUGCCCAGCACCAACAAGUCAGGUGGCACCUGCUGAACGUCGGGGGCGACGGGGAGUAUCACACCGCCCACUUCCACGGUCUGCCCUUCAGCAUUCACAAGGAGCAGGAGCAUCGCAUGGGGGUGUACAACCUCUAUCCUGGUGUGUUUGGCACAGUGGAGAUGAGGCCGGCCACAGUGGGGACCUGGAUGGUGGAGUGUACAGUAGGAGAGCACCAGCUGGCCGGCAUGAGGGCUAAACUACUGGUCUACAACCCACGAUGCAUCCAGCCUCUGGGGUUGAGGUCAGGAAGAAUAGACAAUUCCCAGAUCACUGCAUCAGACCACAUAGGUAACUGGGAGGCCAGGCUGGCGAGGCUGGAGCUAUCUGGUUCUGUUAACGCCUGGAUGGGCGCGGAUCAGAAAUCAUGGAUCCAGGUGGACCUCCAAAGACCCACACUGAUCCAUGGGAUCCAGACCCAGGGUGCAAGAGCCUCUCUGGGCCUGAAGGACUACUUCAUCAUGUACUUCACCCUCUCCUACAGCCUAGACCAGGAGACCUGGACUAACUACAGGGGGAACAGCACCAAGCCAGCCUACAUAUUUAACGGUAACCUGGAUGGCUCCAAGGUGAAGGAGAACCAUCUGUCUCCCCCCAUCCUGGGUCGCUACAUCAGACUGCAGCCUGUCACCAUCCAGAGGAACCCUGCUCUUCGCAUGGAGCUGCUGGGCUGUGACGUCAACAGCUGCUCCUUCCCCCUGGGUCUCCAGAGGAGGUCGGUUCCAGACAGCAGCUUCAGAGCCUCCUCCUUCCUGCAGACUUGGAGGCUCUCCUGGAGCCCCGCCCUCGCACGCCUCCGCCAGGAUGGCAGCGCCAAUGCAUGGCGCCCCAAGGCCAAUAACCCCCAUGAGUGGCUGCAGGUGGACUUCCUGGUUAUGAAACGCAUCACAGGGGUCGUCACUCAGGGGGCGUGGUCUAUUCUGACUCAGAUGAUGGUGACAGAGUUCUCUGUAACCAUUAGCGACACCGGCCACUCCUGGUCCAACGUGGUUGACGAGGGAACGCAAAGAGAGAAGAUGUUCUUGGGUAACAGUGAGCCAGAUGAGGAGAUGCUGAACCUCUUUGAUCCUCCUCUGUUUGCCCGCUUCAUACGGAUCCACCCCAAAGGCUGGGUUAACGACAUAGCCCUGCGCCUGGAGUUCCUGGGCUGUGACACCCAGCAGCGACACUGAGAGACAGGGCAGGGGGCUCCACUGUGCAGCUCCACACUCAGGCCCACCUCAUCUUUGUCUCUUCUAUUUAAUGAGCAUAGCAGUGACGUGAUGAUCAUGAAAUAGUCAUGUCAUUGAUGGAUGAACAGAGUGAGUGAAGUUUAAAAGGUUUGUUUAGCUAGAAUCAGAGUCAUAUAUGAUAUGCUGUUGUAGUAAGUGUCUAUUGAUGAGCUUCAACUGAGAAUAGUUCUUAGGUCUGGUCACUCCACUAUCAACAGUAUAACACAUUACGUCAGUUUAUGAAGACUGACUCUCACAGACGGUUUAUCUCAUGUACAAUAUAUACUACUACAAACACUAUGACUUCAGACAUUCCAGAUGUGAUCAAAUACAUGUAAAUAGUACAGUAUAACAAUUAUUUCUGUCUGGAUGGGACUGUGACUACAGUAAUCUGUACAGUACUGUAUGUAUAUGCAAUAUAUCAUAUGCACUGAGGGGAGAGGGAUAGAGUUUAUAUUGUUAAAUAAAAUUGGAAUUAUAUCAAG